AUGAUUGAUGAAGAUGAAAUGGAUGAAGAUCCUGAUUAUGGCUCUGAAUUUGAUUACAGUGAGGACUUCUACGAUGAUGUUUAUUCAAUGAAUGCAAGCAAGUUGGUGCUUCUGAAGGAUCAAGUUCCCAUGGAAAAGCAGAAGCCAAGGAUGAUAUUGUCAUGCAAAAAAUAUUGGCAAUUUAAGCAAUUUGAUGUUGUUGAUUCUUUUCCUGAUCAUUUCUUUGAUAAGCAGGGUACUUCAGAGGUGCAGUAUUUGUUAAAAGUUAGUGAAUCCAGGAUGCAGCUUCUGAGGGCUGCCAUCAUUGGACCUCAAGGCACUCCAUACCACGAUGGUCUUUUCUUUUUUGAUUGCUCCUUUCCUGAUAACUAUCCUGCUUCUCCCCCGAAAGUUUACUACCACUCCGGUGGCCAUUAG